CUGGAUUUCUGGAUGGCGAUCGUGGGAUUUUUGGGUUGAGUUUCAUGAUUCGAGAAGGCUAGUUUGUUAAAAACCCCUACCAAAGAUGGAACACAUAGUGCUACAGACGAAUUUUGCCACCAGUGUGUACUACGAUCAGGAUCAGAAAAUCCGCUUUGAUCCACCCGUUUACGAACAGCGAUACUCGGCCGUUUUGCGUUUGCUGGAGUUACCAUGCUGGAAGGAUUCCUUGAAAAAGAUUGUGGAGUUUGGAUGUGCGGAAAUGAAAUUCUUCCGACUGAUGUUAACUCUGCCGGCGGUUGAGCAGAUUCUCGAGGUGGAUAUCGAUGAACGAUUGCUGAAUCAAUGCCUGCACCUGGUGAAGCCGCUACUUGCAGACUACGUCGUACCUCGGAGCAAACCGUUCAAAGUGGAUGUAUGGCGCGGUGAUAUAUCCGUAGCACACAGCUGUCUCGAAGGCACGGACGUCGUAAUUGGAAUUGAAAUUAUAGAGCAUCUGCAUGCACCGGUACUGGAGCAGGUGCCGGCGAACGUGUUCGGCUAUAUUAAACCGAAGGUAGCCCUGUUCUCCACUCCGAACUCCGAGUAUAACGUACUGUUCGAUGGAUUGCUGGCGAAUGGCUUCCGCCACGAUGAUCACAAAUUCGAAUGGACCCGGGCACAGUUUGAGCGAUGGGCUAACGAUAUCUGCGAGCGCUAUCCGGCGUAUCGGGUAAAAUUCUUUGGCAUUGGUCCGCCUCCCGCCGGUUCCGAAGCGAUCGGACACGUCAGUCAGCUGGCGGUGUUUGUGCGCCAGGAUGUACUCGAUGGUUUCGUGGAACAGCAGCCACCGAUAAAGGAAGAGGCGCAUCCAGAAGCACCCAGCACCGCACAGUCAGAGACAAAGCCAACAAAUAUGGCAUUUUGUGAGGAAAUAGGAGAAGUUGUGCUAUUGAGUCCUCCAGUGGACGACACCGAGACGAAAGAAGCCAGUGGUAGCUCGGUGGGUCCACAAUCACCGGGGGUUCCACCACCGGCCGAUCUGCUCGCACAUGACGAUAUCGAAGACGAACCAACAGUACAGGGAGCGUAUGCACCUUACAACAUGGAUCUGUACGAUGGUGAUGAUUAUGACGAUGGCGACGUCGGCGAUGACUACGACGAUGAAGUCUACGACGAUAUCGGGGACAACUUAGCUCUGGUUAACAUUCCGGAAGAACAGGAUCCCAACGAAAGGCGAAAUCGUAGGGAUAGUGGUAACUGUGAGGAGGAGGAAGACAGCUAUUGGAUCGUUGGCAGUUGGUUGUUUCCCGUGGCGCAACCAGAUGAACGAUCGCGCGAGCAGCGACUGCGAGAUGCGGCCGACUAUCAGAUACGCCGGUUGCGAUACGCGAACGAUGAGUUUUGGGAUCCCGAAAGUGACCAAAUAAAUAUUCCAUUGGACGUCGUACACGGGUGUAUCGUAACGGAGGAGGUCAGCAUCGAGGAGCUGCGCGAGCUGCUCCUAGCUGAUGGGCGCUAUCAAAUCGUGGACGAUGUGCUCCGGCUAGCGGUCGAAUAUUCCUCCGACGAGGAUGAGGUGGACUAUGAGUUCGGGGGAGAUGGUGGAUCCUAUGAGCAGGAUUGGCCCGAAGCGCCAAAGGACGAGGAAUGCAAGAAGGAGCCUGCAUUGCAAAUCGGAAAAUCACUCGCAGAAGAUGAUGAGCGGUGGGAUUGAGUAUUAGUCAGUUAUCGUUUGGAAAAGAGAGUAAAUUUUGAAUUCAGUAUUCAGGACUAUGAAAUGUUAAUAAAUGAAAUGCGAUCUGUUGGACUU